AUGAGUUCUAAAAAACCUGACGAGGAAAAGCUGCCAGAUGGUUGGGUUUUAUGUACUUCCAAGUCUAAUCCAGGAAGAAAGUACUAUUUCAACAAAAAAACGGGAAAAUCCCUAUGGACGCAACCACAGCCAACAGAUCAUAAAGAUAAAAAAGUGGGAAAAAGAGAUCAUCAAAAAUUGGAAAUAAAUCGAUCUGACGAAGUUGUACGAAGAGGGAACAAAAGAAAAAGUGAUGGCAUUGAAGGGUCUUCAGCUAAUAAAAAGCAAAGGCCAGAACAAUCAGACCGUAAAAAAUAUUAUUCUGUGCAAAAGAAAGAGACUCAUAGACGUGAAAAUGACCAAAGUACACAUACUCCUAAGACUCCCUUAAAAUCAACACACAACAAACAUCAGCCCUCAACAUCAUAUCAAAACAAAAAAGGUAAGAAAAGAUUGGCUAAAAAUAUAGCAAGCACAAGACUUGAAAAUCUGAAUGCAAAGCUACAUAAAGAAGUUCAGGAAGAAGAAAGUGCUCACUCUCUGAAAAGAAGAAGCUCAAAUGAUCCUUCAAAAGCCACAGACAAAAGCCCUAAUGAUAAGGCAAACCAAUCGCCAACCCAUGACAACAUACACUCUAUUCCUUCAACAUCCCAGUUUUUCACAGCAAAUAAAAUAAUAUCUUCUAUGAAAGCACAGUUACCUGAGAAAUUUUGUAAUAAUGACAAGCAGAAAGAUACAUUUGCUGAUAUUGAGAAGGGCAUUUGUAAUCAAACACCAGAAUAUCCAUUUUCUAAGCACCCGGCUACACCACCACAGUUUUCAGAAGCAAGUAAAUUAGUAUCUGCUAUCAAAUUAAAAUUAGGUUACAAAAUAAAUACUCCAAAAGAUACAAACUGUGUUUCGAAGGAAAUAGAAACAAGUACCUCAUUAAAUAGCAGAGUGUUAGAAAGUUCAAAUUCUGAAGCAAUGGAAGUUGAGGAUUUUCGGGAGCCCAAAGAGACACAGAUAAAUCCACAGAGAGACAAAAAUGAUAAAGAUAUUGUACUUGUUGUUGACACAAAUAUAUUUAUACAUCAUUUGGAUAUAAUUAAAAAUGUACUAAAUUCACACUUGAGAGGUUACAGUGAACAGCCAAAUCUAUUGGUUCCUUGGCGGGUGAUAAAUGAGUUAGAUCGUCUAAAGGAUAAUAAUAAUGGUAACAGUUCUUUGUCCAAACGAGCGAGAGCAGCCAUGGAUUACUUGUAUAAGUCCCUGCCAGUUAAUACUAGGAUCAAAGGUCAAUCACUUAGAGAUGCGAAUUGCCAUAUUUAUCCAUGUGAAAUGCCCGAUGACGAAAUAUUAAACUGUGCCUUACAGCAAGUGGAACGUAAUAAGAAUGUGCUUCUCAUAUCAAACGAUAAAAACCUAUGCAAUAAGGCGGAUAUAAAUUCAGUUGAAUAUAUAGAAAUUGAUUCGCUUAAGGAUAUGUUGGAGAACAAACCUCAGCCGGCCUCAGAUGAGUUGUAUGCGAGUUUUGUUCAUGCCAGUGAGAUUGUGUACCCGCUACUGGCUAAUAUAUUAGAGAGCGAAAUGCGAGCGAAAUAUGACAAUCUGUGGCAAUAUGUGAUAAUAAAAGCGCCUCCAUGGACAUUAGACGAUGUUCUACAAUGUCUCCUCAAACAUUGGAUUGCUGUAUUUAAUGAAGUCUUUCCGAGAAUCGAACCCCUUAUUACUGAUCUGAAAAACACGCUUUCGACUUUGCAGAACAAGAACGCAAAAACAAUUACCCAAUCUGAAGUGUCAACGUUCAAAGAAUUGUGUCUAGAUAUCGCUAAGCGAUGUCAGAUAAUACCUGAAUACAUGGAAUUGGCUAAAACCUGCGUGGAGCAACUGUCGCGCGACUGUGCGAGCGAGACGGAAGACAACACGGACUCCGUUGUCGACACUUUAGAGUGUCUAUGGACAGUUUGCUCUAGUUAUUGUGCGAAGCUAGCGACCUCGGCCGACAUCGCUCACAAUUUAGAGGACAAAAUGCCGGAAAAUGAAUGUCUGCAAUCACUUAGCGUUAAGUGGAAUAUAUUUUCAACAAAUAUUAACUCCAUUGCGAGAGAUAUACAACGUGUAUUAUCUGCAGAAGAAAGUAUUAACAUGAAAGAGGACGCGUUGAGUGAACUCGAGAAAUCCUUGAGCGAGUCUUUAACUACGCUGAGUUUAGACAAAACUAUAUCCAGGAAUCAACUAAGGAUAUUCUGCAAUAAAUACAGAAACAUGCUUCAGGAGGCGUCAAGCAAAUUCUCGCAGUUAAGUGAGCUUCUUAUAGUUUGUAAGGAAAAAUUGUCGCAUUGA